AUGUCGGAGCUCAAGGACCUCGGGAAUGUCACCUUAUUGACCCUUGACAUCACCGACUCGGAACAAGUGAGGGAGGCGGUCGAUGCCGUGGCAAAGGCGACUGGAGGGACGCUCGACUAUCUUAUCAAUAAUGCUGGGCACAACCACUUCAGGCCAAUUCUGGACGAAAACAUCCAGGAGACCAAAGACCUCUUCAACACUAACGUUUGGGGUCCACUAGCAGUUACUCAGGCAUUUUCACCAAUGGUAAUCCAAGCCAAAGGUAGCUUUGUGUUCGUCACAUCUAUAGCAGGCUACGGUAACACUCCUUGGAUGGGAACCUAUUCAGCUUCGAAGAGGUCAAUCGAAAUCAUUGCGGACACUCUACGCCAUGAGGUACAGCCUUUUGGUGUGAGUGUUAAGAUGAUAGUGACUGGGGCGGUAAUCUCCAAGGGCCAAACGUACUUCGACGAUUUCACGCUACCAGAAAACUCUUUGUACAAGCGCAUCGAAGGUACAAUUGCAGCCCGGGCUCGUGGAGAAGAUGGGAUCACCAGAAUGCCUACUGCGGACUAUGCAACGGCUGUGAUAGACGAUAUCACGAAACGGACGAGCGGAAAACUCUGGUAUGGCGAUUAUGCACAGGAUGUCAAAUACGUGUGGACAUCCCAGGUACCCCAGGAGAUGCUAGAUGCUGGUGCCAUUCAAGGAACCGGUGUGUAUUCCUUGAAGUAA